AUGUCAUGUAAGUCCCCAUUUUUUUUUACAAAUUUUGAAUAAUUGUUAAACUACAGUUGACAACGGAGAUAUUUCAUAUGUUGAAAUAAACAAGCGACGUCGCGGUGAUUUGAAAAGACAAGAAGGCGACAAAUUGGUGAAUCGAAUGACGCGACCCAAGGUCAAGAAGAUUUAUGUAAAACGAAAUGGAGAGGAUAUUUAUGAAAAGUUUGUUUUGUGAAAGGUGAAAAUGUGAAUAAAAUAUUUUAGACCAAAACUAUUUGUUUGGAGACAAUGGCAAUCACCAAAACUUGAACAAUUAUUGGAAGAUGUUGGACCGUAUGUUGGAUUAGAUGAUGGAGCAGAAGCCAUUUAUUCUAUGUAUGAAUAUUUUUUUAACUGGAAUAUGAAAUAUAUACUUGCGGUAGAGAAAAACCUCAUGAAUCCCAUUUGUUUCAAAAAUCAAAAAUAUGGUAUAUUCUCUCUUGAUCUAUAAUUACACAUCUCUCGAUAAUUAAUUAUAUUUCUAAAACUUUCAAGUUCUCUCUAUUAAUGAAAACCACUUUGCAGUGAUGGAGAUCAAAUAACUGAUCCGGAAGAAAUACAAGAUCUAUCCACAUAUUUUAUAACUGGAGAAGAACCACUUCUUCCAAUUGAACAAAAUAUUGAACGAAAAACAAAUCGUUAUACAUCACUUUCGGCUCCCGAAUAUUAUACAUCGAAUUCAGUUCGAUCAACAUAUCCAAGUGGUACUGUACCUGCAACACCACCUCCUCGACCUUAUACAACAACACUUCGAAAAAAUACGACGAAUAAUAACUUGAAGGAAUAUGAUGAGUAUUUUGAUGAAGCAGUUUAUGAUACAAAACAAAAUAGCUAUAAAAAAUCAUAUUCUGGACCGAAUUUUGAUUUUAGUUAUGAUGAAAAUCCUCGAACUAGUGAAUUUGAUAAUGAUGAAACAAUUCGAAGAGAUCGAGAAGCUCUUGAAAAACAUAAGCAGUUAGUCUUUUUCAAAAUUCGUAUUGUCAUUCCGAAAAAAUAAGAACUUGGAAGAGAACCGAAAUGGCCUAGGAAACCAAGACCACAGUAGACUUCGCAAAAUUUUGAAGUCUAUUUGAAAAAUAAAAUGCGAAAUUUACACGUUGGCUAUUUGCCAACCAGUUUGAUGUGCAUGUGUCACGUCAUUUUUAGUCUACUGUACGUGACCGCCAAUUCAAACGGGGGUUCUUUUAUUUUCGGAAUGACAAUAUGAAAUUUUGUUUUUUUUUGCAGAAAACAUCUGAAUUACUCACGUCGAGAAAGUAAUGCAAUAUUUAAUCGAAGAGAUCAAACGCAUCCAGAUGCAUAUAUUAUUUAGUUAGUUUUAAUAAAAAUUUUGAUCUACUGUAGUAAUUUCCAGCGUUUUCCUGAAUGGUGCUGGAAUGGAAUGUCAAUAUAUGAAUUUUCAACGAAAACAACUCGAAAAGGGAAUGAAUUAUGUUUUGGAAUUAAUAGCUCGAAGAUAUAAUAUUAAUCCUCAAAAACUUGUCGAUAUGGAUGGCAAAAAAAUUCGAGAAGUUACACAAUUAAUGUCAAGAGGAGCUUAUGUUAUAAUUCCUGUUGGACAAUCUUUUCGAGAUACUUGGUAUUUUUUACCGGAUAAUGCAAUUGACACAAGGUUAGGGUUUCUUUUUUCUGAUUUUGAGAAAAUUAUUUUUUUUCAGUUCGAAUAAACAUAUGGUUGAUGAAAGAAGUGCUCAACGUGAUCGACUUCUUCAGCGUCGACUGAAAAAAGAAAACCUUGAACGCAAAACUCGAAGUAAAUCAAGAAAACCGCAACAACAACGGCAACAACUUCAAAGCACAAAUAAAAUAGAAUUCAGACAAUCAGUUCCGAAUCGAAAGUUCUAA